CACGCUUUCCACUCAAACUUCAACACAUUCAAUUCAAUCUCUCAACACACAACAAAAGGGAAAGAAAAAAAAAAAAAAACAUCAUCAAGAACUUAAAGCUCUAAAUCAAGAAAAUCAAAGAUUCCAUUUUUCUUCCUUCAUUUUCUUGAUUUUUCUUUUUUUGCAACCAACACAAUUUUUGAAUUAAAGAUGAAGAUGGGAAGCACAAAUAUGGGAAGUUCAAAGAGGAGAGUUUCAAGUAGAGGAGUUGGAGGAGUUCUUAGAGAACAAAGGGCAAAACUUUAUAUUAUUAGAAGAUGUGUGGUCAUGCUCCUUUGUUGGCAUGAUUGAAAAUCUCUUAUAUUUUUUGUAUUGUUCUUUUUCCCUCAUCUUGGGAGUGUACAUAGCAAUGGAGGAAAUUAAAUUAGUUAAAAUGGGGGUUAAAUUAACAAUUUUGUGCUAAUUUAGAUUAUUAUUAUUAAGGUUAGUUCUUCUUGUAUACAUAUCGGAUAGUUUCAAUCAAAGAAGAAGAUUUUGAUUCAA